GUCUUCAACAAUCCACCAACUCAUCUCAACCAGUCCCAAAGUACAAGCACAUCUCUCCCUUCCCACUACUCACAUAAACAUCACUCACAAUGGGUCAACUCGACAACGACAACUGGCUCUACCCAGGAGACGGUCUCACAAGUGAAAACGGCAGUGCCGAGUUCAAGAUUGAGGGCGACGGCAGGAUGUCUAUCUACUGGGACGGCGAAGUUAUCUGGCAAAACACAGAUGAGGGACGUGAAGACAUCAAGGGUAUUCAUCUGCAAGAAGAUGGUAACCUGGUCCUCUACACCCACGACGAUGAAGCCGUCUGGGCCUCAAACACUGAGGAUCAUGGCGACGAGGUGUACCUGCGUGUACAGGAUGAUGGAAACAUUGUCUUGUACAAGGGAGAGGAUGAUGACGCUGAGGCUGUUUGGGCUAGCAACACUGUCCACGAAGAUUAAGAAUAGGGAGCACUCAUGCAGCUGACCAGCUUGGCUGGAACACUUCAAUAAAAAAAUACAAGUUAAACUCCCGUACUUUUGUG